CACAGUUUCAGCUCACAGUCAGUAACAGAGGCACUGGCUAGCAGAAUCAGCCAGGGCUGAACCCAAACAAGAACAGCUUACACAUAAACAUCACUAAGGAUUUGUCUUUGUGACUCUAAGCAGCCCCCACCCACCCCCUCAAACACACAUUCACACACACAACACGAGGAAGUGAGCAGAUGAAAGAACACUGAUCAAGGGGCAGAAGAAGCUAAGUAUGGAUCUUCAGGGCAACAACAGCUCCCGGCUCCUGGUCUGGACUGUCAUCCUGCUUGUCAACGCUCUAACACAAGCUCAGGCGACAGUGCUGAAGGUGUCAAGCGACCACAUGGUCUACCUGUGUCCUGAGGGGGUGAAUGUCACCUUUAAUUGCAGCCUCUCUGGACACCUCAAGAACAGGCAUGAUUCCUUGGCCAAGCUUUGGUACUACAGCCGCAGCAAGGACGCUCUGUGCAAGGAAAGGAUGCACAUCCGUAACACCACGGUCAUGUGGGAGAACCACAAUCCGAACAAGGGCCGCGGGGUCUACAUGAACUCCAAUCACCAGGGUGUAUUCUGGGUCAGCCUCAGUAACCUGCUCCUGGAUGACGAGGGUGUUUACUGCUGCGUGGUGCACGAGCUACACCGAUCACAGCCAAAUGCACACCACCCGAAAGUCGAGCUGACUGUGUAUGGCACCAUGGAGCUCCAGGUCAUCCCAGACACAGGAAAUGGAACUCACACCUCUAUUCAGAAAUGUACUUUUCGUGAUCCUACUGUCAUAUCAGAUUCAGAAGCCACCACAGCUGCUGCUCUAGCCACCAUGGGAUGUGUUAUUGGCAUCUUGUCUCUGCCCUUGAUUCUGCUCCUCAUUUACAAACAGAGGCAGGGUGCAGCCACCAGGAGAAGAGCCCAUGAGCUUGUCCGAAUGGACAGUGAGGCUAUUGGUGUGGAGAAUCCAGUAUUUGAGGAAAUUACAGCCCAAAACUCUGAAGUGAAACCGAGGACACUGGACAUUCGUCGCCUUCCAUCAGACUCCGACCGCCAUCUCCUCUCUGAACCCAACACUCCACUUUCUCCUGAGGCAUUACCACGGUUUUUCCCAACACUUGAACUUGUGCCUGACUCCCCAAAGUGAUGCAAACAUAGGUGGAACAUUCCAUGUUUCGGAUCAAAACCAUGGAAGCAGAUGAACAGAAGUUGGUCUGAUCACAGAAAAUAGUGACAAACGGAUAUAAAAUGAACUACAUUCCACUCAUCUAAUUUCCAGUAGCUUUAUGCAUUCAUUAGGCCAUGCUGGAAACUGCAAAUCAAAGAUCUUUUUAAGGUAACUGUGAAUUUCAACCGUGACGCAUAUUGAGAAAAAUGUAGGAACACAUUCAGCACAAGCUAUGCUUUAACGGACAUUCAGUACCUUUUAUUUGUGGGGGUGAGUGAACACAAUUAUCAACCAGUCAUGCAACAACAUGCUUGAGUUUAUUGGUGUAAAUAAGCUAACCGGUUUACAAACUAAGUACUUAGCCAGUGUACUGUCUGUUGAUACCCAGACAGAUCUGUCCUCUCUCUCUCCUCUUGAUCCACAGGCAUACAAUCACUCAUUCCAUCAGCCCCUCAAAAACCCAGAUUCUGAGCAAGACCCAGCCUCCAGGACAAAGGAAAUACUCAGAAGAAUGUAAGCAGGAGCAGAUCGUAACAGUGCUCAGGUCUGCUCUGCCAUGCCAAACAACUAGGGCUGCUCACUGGCCUCAAGCCCUAGGUGAUGAGCACAGAUAGAGUUGCCCCCAAUUGGAUCUGACAGAUUAGUGUUCAUGUACAAAGGGCUCAACUCAUUGCUUUCAAGGAGAUGAUUUGAUUAAGUCAAAACCUACACUUCACAAUCCCGCACCACGUCAAUAUUUUUUCCAAAUCUACCUCUCCAGGAAAUUUUAACCCUUUGUCACUUGGCCUGUGCCUGGCCAUGUCAACAGCGACAUAGUUUGUGACCGGGUGGGUUGGGAUGAGAGAAGAGGAAAAUGGAAAGAGGUGAAUAACUUGGUCCAAAAUCAGUGAUCCCGAGAAUUUCUCUACUUAACACUUUGUUGAAUGUUUCGAUCCCAAAUCUGGUAGGAGUGCUCAGUAUCAGUGGCAACGCCAGCUUGAAAGUAACUAUUUGCCUCACUAAUCAAACAAAGUUUAGCAGCACUGUACAUCUAUUGUGACAUUGUGGCGUUCAGGCAGUUGGUAUCUUCUGAUUAGCAACAUAUCACUUUUCUAGAACAAGUGAAUUCUAAUUAUGAAUGAUUAUUUGUCACUAUUAUGUUUGAGAUUGAUUGUAACAUUAAUUUUUAUUUUGUACAUAAUCAAACAGCAAAUUACAGUCUGAUGUGUGUAGAAUGAAACAGUAUUACUAAAUGAUUGAGACAAUCAUUGCUGGGUUUUAAAAGUCAGAACAGUCACUAAUGUGGAUCAUCCUAAGGUUUGACGCAACAAAUUACUGGCACUGUUAAUGGUUCUGAUCCAGUACUUGGCUACAGCUUUCAAUACAAAGCUCAAACAAUAAAGUCCUUUCAUUUCAAAUACUCUCUGCUCCAAACACGAGAAAGAAGUAUUUAUGUAGCACCUUUAACUUUGUAAAAUUUCCCAGGGUGCUUGACAACUUUGUCAAAAUAUGACCUAUCAUUGCACUGGAGGAGUAUCUUUUAAGAAGGUGAAGAUGUUAAUGGAGGGAUUUCCCGAGUGGUCAGCUGGAGGUGUGCUGCCAUCAAUGGAGUCAUUCAAAUUGGGGACGUACAAGAGGCAGAGUUAUUGUGCCAACGAAGAGAUCACAGAUAUAGGUGGGGUGGGAGAGGGAUUUGACGAACAAUAUCAGAGGAAGAAGAACAUUGAAAUAAUUGCAAAAUUUAGGUGCCUGACAGUAUGCACUGUAUUACAUUUGGAUGUAUAAAGCAAUUGUGGACGGCUAUUGGACUGGUGUGGGUAAUAACCUUUACCACACAAGAUUGGCCUUGUGUACAAAACUGAGUGUAUCUUCUCAGAAGACCCCCGUCUUGUUUGGUUUUAAGGCAGAAGACAGCAGUGUGAAACGGGUAAACAAACAGGUCAUUUGGAUCUCAGUGUGGAGAUGGGGAAAAGCUUUUCAUUGUGUUGUUGCUUUGGGGGAGGGGAGGGUAACAUGUCGAUGAUGUGCUCCUGGUUAGGAGUCAUAGCCACUGAAACAAACGUGGGAACUCUAAGUGUGUAGGUACCAUCUGAAUACAUUACAUGUAAUGUAUUCAGCUGAAGCUCAGUGCAGCUAUUUUAACCUGGAUUGCACUGCCUGUGAGGGCAGCAGAGGCAGUUACCUUAGCGACUUUGAAAAGAGAACUCGACAAAUGCUUGAAGUGGAAAAUCUGCAGGGCCAUGCGGAUAAGAUGGGUCAUAGUGUGACUAAUUGAGUUGCACUUUCAAAUAGCUCAGAACAGAACAGUGGCAUUAUUCUUUGAUUCUAUCAUAAAAAAGAAAAUACUGUCGAUGUUGAAGUCUGAAACAAACACCGAGAACUCUGGCGAAACUCACAAGGUCUGGCAGCAUCUGCAGGGAGCGAUCUGAUUUUGAUUCCAGUAUGACUCUCCUUUGGAAUGCAUUUAUGAAGAAAUUGUAUCACUUGAAACAGUUGCUGAUAGAUCUGUUGAGUUUCUCCAGUGUCCUUGUUGAUUCUUUAGUUGUUGCAAAGUGAUACAUGCAUCCUGUUAAUGUCCCAGGCAAUUCUCCUUAAAUUACAUGGGUUUUCCAAUGAACAAAUUCAAGGUUUGUCAAUGUUUUUUGGUGCUUAGGGUGGUGGUAAUGUGGGGAGUGCAAAUGUGGCUCCUCGAAAUCCGGAUUCUGCUCGACAGUUUUAUUUGUGGAUCUAUGCAGCCUUAAGCCAAGACAACAAGGGUGAAUGCAGAAGGUAAAUUGACAACGCUGCCAGAAACCAAAUCGAUGAUACCACUUGGAGCUGAAACUUAAUCUUGACAUUGCUUUCAGGGAUGGGCUCUAUAUUGGAAGGAUUGCUUUGGUAAAGAUGUCGCAUUGAUUAGUGGAACUGGUGGCAUAAUGGUAAUAUCACUGGGCUUGUAAUCCAGACACUCCAGCUGGGAUGUGGGUUCAGUUCCAAAAGUGGCUGGUGGCUUAAAUCUUAAUUCACUUGAAUUUAGUUAACAGUAAAAAUAAUCAGAAUUAAAAUAUAGUGUAACGAUGGUCACAAAAAUGUUGUUGAUUGUUUGUGGGGGACGGGGGGACGGUGGAGGAAUCCCAUCUGGUUCACUAAUGCCCUUCAGAGAAGGUAAUCUGUUACCCUUAACCAGUCGAUCUAUGCGUGAUUCUGAAAUGGUCUGAUAAUGUCACUCAGUUAAAGGGGCAAAAAAGGAUAGGCUCAUUCAGCAAGUGACAGCCAUACACCACAAAAACAGUUUAAAAACAGUUGUUCCUGUUCUGUUUUAAACAAGUUAAACCAAGUGUUUAUACGAGUUGGGAAACAAAUGUGCUCUGGUCUUUGUCGCGUCCUUAAGGAUCAAUAAAACUGUCUGAGCCUAAAGCCUCUACAAGAUAGGGAGACUGCACAAUCAGGUGAUGAUUUUUGGGCACAAGACUGGCUGAUGAAAUAUUGCUUAUAAGUAAGGCAGAAAAUUUGUCAGCUGUAAAAGCCGUCAUUUACAUGUUGUUCUCGCUGCUGAGGUUAAAAUUGAUUUUAAACAAAACACAUUUAGUUCUCUCCAAGAUCACCGUCAGGAGACACAUCAAUGCUCAACAGUAAAUAACAAGAAUGUAGGAGCUAAUGACUGAAGAUGUUGGAAUCUGUGCUGAAAAUAAAAAAGAAAUGACAGUGUGUCAGGCAGCUCUGAUGAAGAGUCCUCUAGACUGGAAACAUUAGCUUGCUUUCUCUCCACGGAUGCAGCCUAACCUGCUGUGGGCUCGAGCACUUCUUGUUUUCACAUAGGAUGCAGCUGUGAAAGAGAUUAGGGCUGGUAAUUCCACGUUGGAGCUGCCAUUAAGAUCAGUAACCUGUGCUGUGCAUUGUUUUAGUCGCUCACCCUCAGACCUGCCUCACCAGUCAGGCUGACCACAAAUAGCAGUGACCAAACAAUGUGUCUUUCAACAAGGGUAUGCGUCCCUUGGCUCCACCCAGGAAAGUGCUAUCAGACAACAUCAGAGGUGUUAAUGCUAUCAGUGUGAUCUAUCUGACAGCACAUUCGGGUGCUGCUGGUUGAGUUUGCAGUCCUGCUAGAGACCAGUAACUGGUUGCAGAAAGGGAGGUGAUGGGUGGCGAGCAAAAAUGUGAGUUAAGAGGUGCAGAGGAACUUGCACAAAUAGAUUGUGUACCACGGUUCCCAACACCUUAACUCUGCAAACGUCCGCAGCAAGCUACAGCCAGAGGAGGGGCUGCCAUGAACACAGUUGUUCGGGUUAGAAAGCAAAAUCUACUACACACCCUGAUUCAAAAACCAACAACACACGGCGCGCCCAUUGGUGUCUGUAAAGAGUAAGGGUAGGUUUAGUACCUCAGCUGUGUAUCCAUCAUCAGAAGGACAGUGGAACCACUCCCUGGUCUUUAUUCUUCACAUUCUGAUGAACCUCUGGUACUUUUACCAACUCCUUUGUCUUUUCAGAACAGACACGCCUUGGCAAUCCACUUUGUGUUAGAAUUUUCAAGACAGUUGAAUUGGUAUUGUCUUCAGCCCAUAGCUGAUCACUUCACUACUUGAUCUCUGCUUAAAAUACAUUUUGGCUCUUCACGAUAAGAUUAUCCUUGUUACCUGGUAUUUUAAUUCUUUAGGAUAUGUGUUCAAGAUAGAACGUUCGUCCAGACUUCGGAGCGACUGAGCAAGUUGGAUCCCACAAGAUCCAAUGACCCUGACCUUGCUGUGAUUGCCCAUUUCUCAAUCGGUCUUUAUAUGCAUUUGGUCAAUCCCCCGAUUUUCCCCUGUCCCAUGCUUUGUAUAACUACAAACACAAUUGGCAAUGGGUUUACAAUUUCACAGGAAAAAUCCGUGCUCUCCCAUGAUUUGCAUUAAAUCAAUGGAGCAAACUUGUUUAGAGCAAUUAAAAUCUUCGUUUCUCCAUGUUCAAUCUCUUGACAAGGCUUAAAGAUUUCGGCUUUACUUCAGGUCAUUGCACACCCCCUUUCAGUUUACUCCAGUAGAAACUUCCUAAGGAAGCAGACCAAUCCAUGGCACAUAACAUUAGUCCAUAACAUCCACAGCACCAUCCUUUCAAUGGAAUAGCACAUGUUGCUUAUGAUUUGGUCAGUUGGUGUCUGUAUCAAGGCCUAGCAUUGGAAGGCUGUUAGUUUGAGUAGAUAAAAGUCAGCAUUGUCUUACCAAACUAUAGAGCCCCUCUCUCAUUAGAGGUGGUGUAACCUGAGCAUCACCAAGCCUCAGGUGAGGGAAGAAGUUGAAAAGGUCAGUCCUGCUUGAGAAGGUAACUUCAGUCAGUGCAGGAAGUGAACCAUACUGCUGGUGUCACUCUGCAUCGCAAACCAGCCAUCCAGCCAACUGAACUAACACAGCACUCACCCUCACUAGUGAACCAGAUGGACUUUUCCAACAAUCAACAACAGUUUCAUGGCCACCAUUAGACACAUUCAUUCCAGAUUUGUUACCAAAUUCAAAUUGCACCAUAUGCCAUAUUGGGAUUCCAACCCUUGUCCCCAGAACAUUACCUGGGUUCUCGAUAAAUAGGCUGGUAAUAAAACCACUCAGCCAUCAACUGAAUUGAUAUUUAAAUUAGAAUUGCAUCACUUGAUGUUCCAGAUGUUCCUCUUUCUGUGAUACAGAGGUCACAGGUGCUGUAACUGCACAGUGUUGAGUUUGCCUCUUGUGUGGCAAUAAAUGCAAACCCUUAAACAGCAGAAGCCCAAGUGUUGUAUCAGAGAUAAUGGGAACUGCAGAUGCUGGAGAAUCCGAGAUAACAAAGUGUGGGACUGGAUGAACACGG